AUGGUUGAAAUCAGUUAUGACGAACAAACCAAACGACUGUGUUCAGGUGGUCGAAAGUACAUGGAGGAUGCAUAUGCAAUUGCACUUCAACGUUUAAAUCAAUCGGACAAAGAAAGUCCAAUCUCUCUUGCUUAUUUUGGUAUAUUUGAUGGUCAUGGAGGAAAAGAAGCAGCUGAAUUUGCUCGACAGAAUUUAUGUCAACAUAUUCUCGAGCAAGUGGAAUUUUGGCCAGAAAGUGCGGAUGAAAACGAAAAUGAUCAAGUGAUUCUUUCAGCUAUACGCAAAGGUUUUCUUGCUUGUCAUCAAGAUAUGUGGAAUCAUGUUGAAAAAUGGCCGAAAACAUCUUCAGGCUUACCGAGCACAUCUGGUUGUACAGCAAGCGUUUGUUUUGUUCGUGGGAAUAAGUUAUAUAUUGGUCAUGUUGGUGAUUCUGCGAUUGUGCUAGGUGAAGGUGAAACAUUGUAUAAAACAUGGACAGCAAAUCGUUUGACGCGUGAUCAUAAACCCGAAGAUCCAUCAGAAUUGAAACGUAUUCAUGAAAGUGGAGGAAAUGUUCUUUGUAAAGCUGGUGUUCACCGUGUUGUUUGGAAUCGACAGAAAUCUACAACAUCAACGUCGUCACACACAUAUCGUCAUCGACAUCAACAUUCAGUAGUGACGACAACAACAACAACUUCGAAUGGAACGACUAUUGAAUAUGAACAAAUUCCGUUUCUUGCUGUUUCAAGAGCGCUCGGAGAUCUAUGGAGUUUGAAUGCGCAUACGAAUUUAUAUUCAGUGUCACCUGAACCUGAACUAGCCGUGAUUGAAAUUGAUUCAAGCAAACAUCGAUGUAUCAUCCUAGCGAGUGAUGGACUUUGGAACAUGAUUACACCGGAAGCAGCAGUAGAAACUGUGAGAAUUUGUGAUGUCAAAACUGAAGAAAUGAUCUUAAAAGCAGAUGAUGAUGAUCAUCGACCGUUUCGCAAUCCAUCUCAUGAACUUGUACAAAAAGCGUUAACACUUUGGCGUGACCGAAUGUUACGUUCGGAUAACAUAACGUGUGUUACUGUUAUGCUCGAUCCACCUGGACCACCAUUCAGUGAUUGUAUUGUGAAAAAGAAGAAAGAAAAACUCAGUUACUCGAUAUCAUCAUCUACAACAUCGGUGUGUUCAGAUGAUACAGUAGAAUUAGAUGGUUUAUCACCUGCACCUUCAUCGGUAGCAUCAGUAUCAUCGUCGUCCUCAUCGACAGCAAUCACUCCUCAAAAACGAAAACCAGCUUUAGAACGAAAUGAACAUAUUUUAACUCCGAUUUCAAAUGGUCCCACACCAGUGCGGACUCCCAAACGACCAGCAUCAGAAGAUGCCGCAACAUUACUUGUUGAUACUCCACGUCGAAAAUUACUUAAAACAAAUCAACAAAAAGAGAAUGGUCGAACAUCACCAUCGUCAAGUUCGGUUUUAACCGAAUCGGAGGUCACCCCUUCUCGUUCUUCUUCAUCUUAUCUUCAACCGAUUUCAUCUUUAAACACGGAAGAUGAUACUGACGAUGCAGAUGACGGAGAAGAGUCUUCCGAAUCAAAUACAGAGCCAAUGUUGAAUGAUGACUUAGUUCUGAAAGAUGGAGAAUGCUUACAUGACCAAAUGUCUGAAGGAUCCCCUCUUCCUCCGGAUCAAAUUCGUUCUGUAUCAACAAGUUCACCAGCAAUAACUUCUAGUGAACAACCGUCACUACCUCCAAGUGAUUUAGACGAAAUAUGUUUAAAUAACAGUGAACAGAAUUCAACAGUUAAUCAAUCAAAUACUGAAUUUAAUCAUCCAUAG